UUGUACAAAUUUUCAGACACAAGUGAAUUGAACUGAGUUGGUAAUCACACACACACACUUCCCGCCACACUUUCCAGAAAUGCUCCGGCGCCUCCGCGUGCGGCGGCGACCCAGUUACGCAUCCCACCUCUGCGCAAUAACCACUGCCAUUCUCCUCCUCAUCUCCGUCUCUCUUCUCCACAGUCGCCUGACCUCCGACCGCCCCACCAACCCUCUCCUCCUCUCAAACGACGCCGUUUCGCUCUCCGACCAUCUCCUUGAUGACGGCGAUCCCGAGGACCUCAAAAACCUCACCGGAUCCGACGACCGCAUUGACGAGCUCGACGACGGCGACUCCGAUCCAUCGAAGAUCCCCAACGAGGACGAGAUUCUCCGCGGCGUCGAGCUAGAAGAUGACGAUGAUAAGGAUCAGAAGAAGCCUAGUGUUUUGGUCAGUGGCUAUUACUUUGAUCAUGUUAGUAAUGUGAUUCGUCACGCUUUCGAUAAGAAAUCGAUUGAUUUGUGGGAGGAUUAUGUUGCUUUUGACGCGAAUUUAGGGUUAGGGUUGGAGGAUUUGAGUAGGGGAGUGUUUGGCUCGGACGAUAUCCCGGUGGAUGAUAAUGUGAGGAGGAAGGUGGGGGAGGUUAAGGGGAUUGAGGAUGCGUUGUUGUUGAAUAUUGGAGGUAGGGUUUCGCCUUUGAGGGAAGGGUGGGGGGAUUGGUUCGAUAAGAAGGGUGAUUUUUUGAGGAGGGAUAAGAUGUUUAAGUCCAAUUUGGAGUUGUUGAAUCCGUUGAAUAAUCCGCUCUUGCAGGAUCCUGAUGGGGUUGGGUUGACAGGGUUGACGAGAGGGGAUAAGAUGGUUAUGAAGGGGUUAGUGAGUGAGUUUAAGAAUGCGCCGUUUUUGAUUAGGAAGGCACCAGAGAUUGGUAAUGUUAAGGGGAUUAAGGAUGGUGGUAAGGUUGUGGAAAGUGAGAUGAAGGUAGCAGAGCGGAAGACAUUGGGUGAUAAUGUAAGUAAAAGUACGGUUAGUGAAAGAGGCGUAGUUGGUAGUGGACGUGAUGGUAAAAGAGUGGAUUCGGUAGUUAGUGAUUCGGGUUCUAAGAGUGUGGAUGGUAAUGUGUGGUCUGAGUUUUCUGGUCAAGUUUAUGCUGAUGGAAAAAGAUGGGGUUAUUAUCCUGGUCUGGAUGGCCAUUUGUCAUUUUCAAAUUUCAUGGAUGCAUUUUUCAGGAAAGGGAGGUGUUCUACGAGGAUUUUUAUGGUCUGGAAUUCUCCUCCAUGGGCGUUUAGUGUUCGCCACCAAAGAGGACUUGAGAGCCUUUUGGUUCACAAUCCAGAUGCGUGUGUGGUCAUAUUUUCUGAAACAAUUGAGCUUAAUUUAUUUGAUGGCUUUGUCAAGGACGGUUUUAAGGUUGCUGUAGCCAUGCCUAAUCUCGAUGAACUUUUGAAAGAUACACCAACCCAUAUAUUCGCUUCUGUCUGGUUGGAUUGGAAAAAGACUAAAUUUUACUCUACUCACUUAAGUGAACUUGUUAGGCUCGCUUCUCUCUACAAAUAUGGCGGAAUCUAUCUUGAUUCGGACAUUAUAGUCUUACGGGCAUUAUCUUCACUUAACAAUACUGUUGGACUAGAGAAUGAGCACAGUGAAAGCGAUAUAAAUGGUGCUGUAAUGGCAUUUGACAAACACAGUCCCUUUAUUUGGGAUUGUUUAACAGAGUUCUAUUCAACAUAUGAUGACACUCUCCUAAGAUGGAAUGGAGCUGAAUUACUGACUAGAGUUGGUAAAAGUUUCCUAAACAAAAAGAGUCCCUUAAACAAAAAGAUGGAGCUGAAGCUGCAGCCUUCUUCUGCAUUUUUCCCUAUUAGUCGCGACAAUAUCACAAGUUUUUUUACUACUCCGUCAACUACAUCUGAAAGAUCUCUACAAGAUGGAUUAUUCAAAAAGAUCCUCAAUGAGUCCGUGACAUUUCAUUUCUGGAACAGCUUAACAUCGGCCCUAAUUCCAGAGCCCGAUAGUCUUGUUGCAAAGCUUAUUAACCACUCAUGUAUCCGCUGCUCUGAUGUGUUGUAAAAUUUUAGAAUCAGUUUGUUCCCAGAAGUGCUUUAAGAUAGUGGUAAGAACUUGGACAUUGGUUUUUAUUCCCUCUUAUUGAAGUAAUGUCAAACAAUACUGAAGCUGAUGUCUGGCUAGGGCCAGAUUGGAUAAGAUUGAUUGAUGAAGCUACGUGCCAUGAAUUGUAUGCUAGAGAAAUGAAGACUUCAUCGUGCCUAAAAAUUUGAAGCAGGGUUUGAAACCUUCAGGGAGAGUUUACAAGGAAGCUUUCUCGUGGUCUUUUAUGUCUGUACACUGCUUUUGAAGUGAAGGAUUGGAUAAGUAUAUGUGAUGAGGGGGGGACAUAAUAUAUUUAUUUAGAGUCGACAACAGAUGCUAAAAUUGUUCGAGGUUCUGUAAAUCUCAUAUUCCAUUAAUGGCUUCAAGCACAAAGUCGGAGAAGAUUUCCCAAAUUUUUGGAACUGAGAAAAGGAUGUAAUGGUGUUUUGCUUUUGGGCAUCUUGGUUUUUUCUUCAUGUUCAUAGAUGUCCGAACAUUACUUGUAGAUGAAAAUAUAAUAUUUUUGGUAGAAUUAAUGGACAAUUUUUAAGUUUGGCAUCA